GAAAUGAGGGUUGGCCUCCAUUCGGGAAGUACAACCGCGGGAGUCUUGCGGGGAGACAAGGGACGAUUUCAGCUGUUUGGGGAUACCGUCAACACCGCUUCCAGAAUGGAAAGCAACGGCGUCCGAGGCAGGAUCCAUGUUUCCCAGGCCACCGCCGAUGCCAUCACUCUGGCCGGCAAAGCGAGUUGGUUGACGCCCAGAGAAGACAAGAUCCUGGCCAAGGGCAAGGGACUCAUGCAAACCUACUUCGCGCAGAUCAUCGCGGGCUCGAACGUCCAAUCGAGCGUCGGCGAUGACAAUACGUCGAUCCCGAGCCUUGGGUUCGAUCCUGAGGAUUCCAACAGAGACGAUUACUCAGUAUAA